UAUCAUAUCACACUGAAGAAAUGAAUUGAAAUUAGAAAAAUAAAAUUCUUAAAACGGUGAAGCAGAGAAAAGCAGCGUGUGCCUUUUUCUUUUUGGAUCCAUCAUUUAAUUUACUGGAGGCAAAAACAAACAUACACACAGCUUCUUUCUUAAAACUUUACACCGCUUAGGAUUUUCAACUGACAGGAGCCCUCUUGUACCCCCCCUGGUACAACCGAUAUCCAGUUAUAUCUCUGAAGUGAUACGCUAAAUACAUUUAGGCAGCACACCUGCCUGUGAGCAGCAGUCACAGACUGUUAACCUCAAGAUCGGGACGUGUCAGUGAUUCGACGAAGCUUCACAAGCUCUCUCUCCCCAGCUGCCGUUGUCAAAGUUCAGGCUCAGAGCCUUCGGUCCAUCUUUGUUGUUCUUAGAUCCACUCUCACGUGAGCUCGAGCACAGCAACCAGGCCCUGGCACCAAGACAGCUGCUGGAAAAUGACCCUUCAACCAUUAACUCCAGUGAACUGUGCAGGCCUUCUGCAGCCCGGCUUCUCUCUGCUGCAGCUGGAUGGGGAAGUUCUUCUGUUUGGCCAGAAGGGUUGGCCCAAGCGCUCAUGUCCAACUGGCAUGUUUAGUGUUCGCUUUAAAUGUGGAGAGAUGAAGCUGAGGGCCAUCUCCUUCUCCAACGACUCAUGCUACCUCCCUCCAUUGCGCUGCCCGGCUGUUUGCCGCCUUGACCCGUACGACGGCCUCCCAGAGAGUUACCUCAUCCACGGCGGCCGCACCCCAAACAACGAGAUCUCCUCCAGCCUCUACGUGCUGACCACAGACAGCCGCGGCUGCAAUCGCAAGCUCACCCUGUGCUGCAAAGAGAAGGAACUCGUGGGAGAAGUGCCGGGGGCCAGGUACGGCCACACAAUGAGCGUGGUCCACAGCCACGGGAAGACGGCCUGUGUGUUGUUCGGCGGUCGAUCUUACAUGCCUGCGGGGGAGCGGACCACGGAGAGCUGGAACAGCGUCGUCGACCGCCCGCCUCAGGUGUUCCUGUUUGACUUGGAGUUCGGUUGCUGCUCCGCCCACGCUCUCCCCGCGCUCACAGACGGCCAGUCUUUCCAUCUGGCCCUCGCCAGAGAAGACUGCGUCUACCUCAUCGGGGGUCACUCCGUGGCCUCUGACUCUCGGCCCCCUCGGCUCUUCCGUCUACGCGUGGAGCUCCUGCAGGGCAGCCCCUUGCUUUCCUGUGAGACUCUUACGACGGGCAUGUCCAUCUCCAGUGCCAUAAUUAACCGCACAGGUCGCGCUCACAAUUACAUCAUAUUGGGCGGGUAUCAGUCGGACUCUCAGAAGAGGAUGGAGUGCAGCGCUGUGAGCGUCAAUGAGAGCGGGAUCCAUUUUGAGCCACUGGAAUCACCCAGGUGGACUCCUGACAUCACCCAUAGCCGCACCUGGUUUGGCAGCAGCGUGGGGGAGGGGAGCAUCCUACUCGCUGUCCCCACUGAAGGAAGGCCAUCCCAAGCCGAUAUGCAUUACUUCUACAAGGUGAGCUUCCCGACAGAAGAAGAGGCCAGGGAGGAAGAAGGAACCCAGGGCUGCAGCCAGGAUUCAACCGAGUACGACGACUCCACUCCCCUGGAAGACUCCGAGGAGCUCUACUUCGGUCGCGAGCCGCACGAGCUGGAGGACAGCGACGACGGACGAGUUGAUAAUUACAACGAGGAGGACGAGGAAGACGAAUCGCAAGCGGGCUACUGGAUCAAAUGCUGCCUGGGCUGUCAGGUGGACCCCAACAUCUGGGAGCCCUACUACUCCACCGAGCUCCACCGGCCGGCCAUGAUCUUCUGCUCCAGAGGGGAAGGGGGACACUGGGUCCAUGCCCAGUGCAUGGACCUGUCUGAGACCCUGCUGCUCAGACUCUCACAGGGCAGCAAAAGGUACUUCUGCCUGGACCACGGAGGCCUGCCUCACCAGGAGAUGACCCCGCCCCGACAGGUCCAGCCUCUGAAGCUCACACCCAUGAAGGUUAAGGACAGGAAAACUCCUCCUACAAUUAAGAUGUCCCCUGCCAAAAAACUCUUUUUGAGAAGGCUUUUUGAAUGAUGACAACUGGAUUAUUUAGGAUGUUGAUAUUUACUGAAUAAUUGGGUGAUGAACACAAGCACAAUAUACUCAUAUGUAAUGAAUACAAAAGAUUUUGUGAAGAAAAUGAAUAAUAAAAUUGCAACAUGAUGUCUCCUGGUUAAGAUGUUUGACAAAAUACAAACAAACAGAAUAUGUAGGAAGUCUAACUACAAUGUUUAAUAUCUUUCCCAGCUGUACAAUAGUUUAUUAUAAUUUUGUAUUCCGCCAAGUAACAGGUUUUAUUUCCUAACACUUUAUGUUAUGGCCAGAUGAAGCCAAAUUAGUUUUACCAUUAUGUUUGAUGAUCACUGAAUGAGAAAUAUCCAAAAUGAUUUGUACUCUAUGAAAAAAAUAAAUAAACUGAUUCUGUCUUCAUACCUG